AACACUGGCAUGUUUUCAGAAGGCCAAAAUUAAACUCAGGCUCACUGUCUUAUUGGCAGCACUAUAAUAAAGCCCCUCCUCCUCCUCAUCCUUCGCCGUCUUGGUGGCACUAAUAACCCCUCAUAGCUCCGUGCUUUGUUGUGAGCGCAGCGCUGCACUGCGCGUAACAGCAGAAGGUGAAGAGUAGGUUAUUUCCACUCAGCCUGAUCCUGCAGGAUUCAUUCAUGCCCCGCAGAAGGCGGACAGGGAAACAUCUGGGGGAGCGUCGCAACAGCAGGACCGGGUAGCCUUGCGCAACGAUCGGGCUUUUGUUCUCCGCAUUUUCGCUGCUGCAAGGACAGAGACGCCGGUCCGGGACAGAUCCAUGAGACACGCUUUGGACCGGAUACCGCUUCAGCACCACGGUUGCGUGAAGGUUAGGCCAUGGACGCCGGGAAGCUGGAGCAGCAGGUGGCCAGCGUGGAGCGGGGGAUCUGCUUCCUGAAGCAGGAGCACCUGGCCAUGCUGACCGGCCUGCAGCUGGAGAUCACUCACCUGAAGAGGCGCUGUCAGGAGCUGAGCUGUGAGCUGGACUCCAAGUUUCCAGACAGAAACACAGCAGAGGAAGAAGCGGAGCUGGCAGCGCGCUGCGAGGCCGCAGAGCGCCUCCUGGAGCGCCAGCAGUGCAUGAUGGUCGCCGCGCGGGGGCAACUGCGAGCCGGCCGGGCGCGGGCAGUGGCGCUCGGGAGGAGCCUGAGGGAGGAGGAACGGCGUUUCCUGGAGGAGCUGAAGCGCCGUAGCCACAAGAUCACGCUGCUGAAUCGAGAACUUCAACGGCAAAAUGUCAUGACGACGACCCUUCACCAUGAGCUGCACAAAGCACGAUUAAAACUUUUCCAGCAGCGGCAGAGGGCAGGCUCUGCAGCAAAUGUAGAGCAGGAAGAUGUCAGAGUAGAGGAGGAGGAGGAGGUAGAGGAAGAAGAAGAAGAGGAGGAGGAGGAAGAAGGUUUAGACUGGCCCCUGUCUCCACAUCCAGGUGCCUCCUCCGCCCAACCAGAAGGGCGACAGAGGAGGAACAUCAGCGUGAGGGAGGAGCGGGUCAGAGCCUGCAUCCCACAGGAGAGAGUGACAUCCCCACAGAGUCCACACCCAAUGCCUGACCCCGCCCUCUUCUUGGUGCCCCUCAGGUACCGCCUCCUUCGUUGGAGCCAGCCAAUGAGACUUCAGGGCGGAGAAGACGGGGAGGACGAGUGGGAGGACAUAGAGGACGGCAGGGUGCAGAGGAGGGUGGACAUGGGUGCUGGUGAAGGGGAAACGGCUCUGUGAUGAAGAUGAAGAGCGUGUCCAGCGUCUACCCGCAGCAUUUCGCUCUCAGACGAGACACAUCCAAGGCUGUGAUUGGAGGAAUCUGGAGAGUAGCAUAUUGAAAUUUUAGCUUCACAAGAAACGGUAAAUCUAAACUAGACGUAGAUAUAUUAAUAGAUGUGCGCAAUUAAGGGACCGAAAUGUUCUCAAAAAGUGUAGAGGAAGGCUUUUCAGUUUACCAGAACUGAUCACAACGUUUGCCUACAAUUAGCAGCAUUGCCUCUGGGUCACUGAACACUUUCCACUUCCUGAUCCAGCUAUAUGCUUGUUUUUGUGGGUUUUUUUUCUUUAAGAUUGUCACUUGAAAAGAAAAUUUUGUAUUACCUGCACUUUAUUAAAUACAAUAUGCCUAGUUAUGGCAAACCAUAA